UUUUGAUACCCAACAUUCACUAUAAGUUCAUCCACAUAUUUUUUCAUGUUUAUUGCCAUGCCAGUUAGUUUGAGUUGGUAACAAAAUUGUUUGUUUAUUUAUUUGAUUUCACGCAAAGCUAUUCGUAGGUUAUCUGCGCUAGCCGUUCCUAAUUUAGAAACGAUAGACUAGAGGAAAGACAGCUAGUCAACACCACCAACCGCCAACUCUUGAGCUACUCCUUUACCAACGUAAAGUGGAAUUGACAGUCACAUUAUAGCACGUAAAUGAAGCUACUAAGAAAAGAGAAAGGGAAAAGACACAACCGUGACCUCCCCCUCCAGUGGAUCAGUGUGAGUUCAAAAGAAAAAAAAAAACAUGGUGGCAACAGAAUAUGCUUUGGCGACAAUGGCCUUGCUUCUUACUACCGGAGUUUACUAUGCGUAUCAAGACAGAUACCUCUACUACAAAGGAACUCUAAAAGAAUUUGAAGAGAAAGAGAAAGAGAAGAAAUCAGAGGUCCAACCAGCCUUGAAAAGGGUAUGCUAUUAUACGAUCCGGCAUGGCUAUGACGACACUCCACUAAAACCCAACCUUCUCGAUCCGUCAGUCUGUACUCAUUUAAUAGUAGGAUUUGCAAGUGUUGCCUACGACUAUCUGAUCCCGAAACACCCAAAAGACUUGUAUGUUUACGGAAAUGUUACAUCAUUGAAGAUAAAUAAUCCUGACCUAAAGGUGCUAUUGUCCGUCGGAGCCGGGAGCGGUGGCAAAUUCUCGGCAAUGGUGAACUCUCCUCCCGGCAGAAAAAAAUUUGUGACAUCAGCAAUCGCACUGUUGGAGAAGUUUAAUUUCGAUGGUAUAGACUUUGACUGGGAGUUUCCAGCUUGGAAAGGAGCGCCCCCUUUAGACAGAGUUUCUUUUAUAUACUUGUUAAGGGAUUUUAGAAACUUUUUCAAGGCAGAAGAAAAAGAAUUUUUGCUUACAGCCGCCGUUGCUGCUCCUCGAUCGAUAGUUAUUACAGCAUACGACAUUCCAGCUUUAGCUUAUUUCUUGGACUUUGUCAAUUUGAUGUGUUACGACUUCCACUACUGGCGUCCAUCCACGCCCUAUACAUCUCAUCACAGUCCACUUUAUCAGAGACCUAACAGCCAAGACGUUAUGGAUAACGUCGCAUGGACUUCUCACUACUGGAUUGGAAGUGGUAUGCCCAAAGAAAAGAUCAUGAUUGGCAUUCCUACUUAUGCACGUACUUACAUUCUAGCCGAUCCACAUACUCAUGAUCUUGAUUCGUUUGCUAAAGGUCCUGGUCGAGGCCAAGGAAAGAUCAAUUACGGUGAGGUCUGCAGCUUUUUAAAAGGAGGAGCCCAAACAGUUUUUGACGAGUUCAGCUUCGUACCAUACGCUUUCAAAGGCUAUGAGUGGAUAGCAUACGAAAGUGAGAAAAGCGUCACUUUAAAGGCAAAGUGGGCAAGGAAACAAGGUUUUGGUGGAGUCAUGACAUACAACCUUAACAGAGAUGAUUGGAAUGCUACCUGUGAUGGUCAAACAAGGUUUCCUCUUCAUAAUGCUAUUAAUGAUGCAUUAAGUGAUUAGACUUUUGAAAAAAGCAAAAAAAAAAAGUGUUAGUUAAAUAAGGAAAGACCAUUAUUUUGUGGUAUUAUAGUCAGAAUGUGAUAUACACAAAGUUUACUUACGUUCUUUCCAAAAAUUCCCACUGCUAGAAAGAAUAACUAACCACAGACAUUAGAUGUUAGGCAUGUAAGCAGUGCUUGUAUGUGGUUUUCUCCCUUAAAUGGGUAAGUAUUCAGUAGGUGACAGAGAGUGAAUAUAAAGCAGGUUUUUACAAGCUACCAAAUCCUAUUCUGUUUAGUUGAGAAAUAACAAGAAACUUAGUUUUGACCAAGUUUCUUGUUUGUAAGAAUGGAAUUACUCAAAUGUAGGAAAAGGCGUAAAAAAUAAAACAUACAAGUACCUUUCUAAUAUAUAGUUAGCUUACUAGUACUAGUAAUAAUGGGUUAAACUACAUUUUAGGCAGCGUGUUUAAAGAAUAAUUUAUUUUUUCAAUAUCAUUUUAUAUAAAAUUGAAAUACCAUGAAAGAAAAAAUUCACAAAAAUCUUCAUUUCUCAUUGUUUUCUUGUGUACACAAUUUAGAAAAAAAAAUGUUAGAUCAGCAUCAGUAACUAUCUCAUAUUUAACAUCAUGAAUAUACUGAAUGGAUGUAGGAGCCUUAUCACUACUAGGACUGAUAUCAUUUAUGUUGAAAUAUUCUAGAACUGAAGUUAUUUUCUUUCAGUAAAAUGUUUUUUU